UCAAAAUUUUAAAUUACAGAUAAAUAAUUGAUUACAAAUAACCAAAUAGUUGAUCACAUGUACCAAACAUCCCAUCCACUACCAAUACUUGAGUUCAAAUCAACCAUACAAUUGAUCACAAAAAGUCUUCAUCCCUCCUUGUUGCUGCCACAACCACCAGCAAUAACAACCAUACAAACACCACGACACUACUGCCACCGCCAUCGCCAUCGCCAGAUCCAUAGCCAACAAAAACUACAUCUCAAAAUGACUCUUAAACAGACCCAAAUCUAGAAGUUGAGCCAAUAAUCCAACUCGAGCUCAAAUUUGAUGAACCGGUCACCGGCAUCUAUGUUUCUUAUAUUGGUGAACGACUCUCCGAUCUGGAUUCAUUCGUCGUCGAUAUUGUUGCCUCCUCGUCGGAGCUCCAUCUCUGCUAGUCGGUCUCCAUAGAUCUUGAAUUUCAGAAUUAGAAUAUAAUAAAUCUAAUAAUUUGAAAUUUAUUGCUGGAAAUUUAUUGGGUGUAGCUUCUGCUUUCACAAAAAAAUGUAGGUUAGGUGGGGCGAGUGAGAAGAGAGAGAUGGUCGGAAAGAUGAAUUUUAGGGGUUGGGAUUAAAUUGGAUUGGAAUGGGGUUGAAUGGAUUAUUAUUAUUAUUAUUAUUAUUACUUGAUUUAUGAUUAAAUAAACUUAUUAUCUGAUUUUUGAACUAUGAUUUUGAAAAGCCUAGUCUUGUGUAAUUUUCACUAAAUGUAUUUCAAUAUCUUGGCUCAAUCUUCUUAAGAGACAAGGAAAGUUUGGUAAGAUAGAUUAAAUAAUACUGUACUCAAACGAGAGAGAAGAAAAUGUGCUCUCUUCCUAUUGUAUGAUAACAUAGACCUACCCAUGAUGUUCUUUUAUUAUUUAAGUGGCUAUGUUCUGCUUUGUACUGUCCAUAUGGGGUUGGAGUCUGCCCUCCAAUUUAAGAGUAUAGAGACGUUGCUUAUUAGGCCUAUACCAUUGUACUUUUCUUCAUUAUUAAUAAAAACUCCACGUCAUUUGUUUGAAUUAUACAUGUCAUGUAAUAAUCGAUAAUAGGGACUUUUUUCAGUACUCCCAAAAAAAAAAAAGGUUAAGCGCCUUGAAAGAUGAUCGACACUUAUCUGCGAGAGGAUUCAUUUAGCAUUCUCAUGCCAGUUAGAUUUGACAUCAAUAAGCAUCAAGGCCCUAUGAGGCCAGUCCUUGAGGCUGACAAUGUUCUUUUGAGGGUCGAGUUUGUACAGGAAGUCGAUGCAUUGCUGCAAGAGGUUCAGUCGGAACAAAGUGAAGCACAAAAUAUGCAAGGUCUUGACCCCGAAUCUGUGGCUAGUAGAUUAAAGCAACAGGAGAAGCAACGAGCCAUUCACCAAGUAGAAGCUCUAUUAGAUUUGGCAAUUCAAAUUCUACAUGGAAGAUUAUCUAUAAGAACAACAAUUCUUACAGAAUAAAAUCUUAGCGAAACACCAUUUUUGGGAAUAAUACACUAUUCGUUGUUCAUUCUUUUUCUUUCAUCUGGGCUGAAUCAGAUGUUGACAAAGAAACACUGCAUCGUCCCGUAGUAAUCAGAUGAACAUGAUUGUAAGGCUAAGCAAUGCCAGUUACACUGAAUUGAUA